ACAGCGGCUACUUAUCUGCAAAACCUCAAGCGCUAUCUCGGUCUUUGAUCCCCAUUGUGAAAUAGAGCUAGUACCAGUCGACAGAGUCAUGCCUGGCAAGUCUACGCUGCCGUUCAGCUAUCCAGUAGCGGCCACUAGGACCCGGCCAGCCAUAUCAAAGCUUCCCAUGGAGCUUCUCUUGGAGAUUUUUAUCACCCUCUCCGAGGUGAUUGUCAAAAGGGAACGUAUACCUGUCGUAGCGAGCGACAUUGUGGCGCACGUUUGUCGGGACUGGAGGACUUUGGCCUUAUCGACCUCCCGACUGUGGUGCCGCAUCAUUGCUACAGAGCGCUGCUCUCCUUUUAUGGUGCAAGAGAGACUGAAGCGCUCAAAGACCCGUCCACUCGAGGUCCAGAUCCUAGGACCAUCGUCAUCCGCAGAUUUCUCAGAAAACAUCCUGCUGGCUGCGAGCGCAAUGUCAGCCCAUACGAAGCGGGUCAAAUGGUUCGCUCUCACGGGCUUUGACCUCGACUCUACGGAACGCAUCGCGAAAGAGUUCUCCGGCGGCGCGCCUAUCCUCCGUGCGUUGCAUAUCGAGGCACACGUACAAAACGCGUCACAAGGGAAUAUGGCUGCCCGUGCACUGACACUCUUUGGUGGCCACAUGCCUGACAUAUGCCGAGCCACCAUCGUCAGUGCGCCUGUAUCCCUGGACCCCUUCUUUGGAUUGAAGAAAUUGAGCCAGCAAGAUCAGGACUACAUCACCGUGACGAGGGUGUUAUCCACUCUACGGCGGUGCCCUGGACUUCAGGUGCUUCAACUUGGAUUUGCCGAACACUGCUGGGACGAAGACCUGCGGUAUCCGACGGAGCCGAUCAACUUGCCAUGUCUCAAGCAGCUGCUUCUAGACGGCGAACAAGAUGAGGUGUUGCACACCCUCGCGCACAUUUCUUUCCCGACUACGACCACGGUGGUCCUACGGAUGCUUCAUGCGUCUUCCACGGCAGACCACGUACCGCAUUGCAAAUCGUUCCAGGCGAUCACAUCGACGCUCAAACACGCUAUCCUCGAAUUCGCAGAGGUCCCGGGAUACGCAAGCUUCAAGUUUUCGAUCAGGUCUCCAGACCGUCGCGUCGUGGCCGAGUUCGAAUGGCUCAUGGCAGACGAGGAAGAUGGCAUCCACGGGCAGCCUUCCAUGCGAUUUGAGGUGUUGCGCUUGUCCGCGCUCGAGCAUCUCACCGUCACCGCGCUUCCGCGAUCCAAGCUGACACAUUCCGCGGAUUGGGAACGAAUCUUCGCCAUGAUACCAGCGCUCACGGCGGUCGACUUCGAGGUUAAGCGCCACCCCUCCGACCCGGCUGAGCUCUUCUCUCCGGUAAUUCUCGCACUCAAGCCUGGUUUGAUACGAUGAGUCUCGCAGCGUCGCUCCGGUGGUCCAUCGCCCGCGACUAGAGAUGAUGUACAUGCCGGCGUGCUGGCAGGUGUCAUCAUAUGUACCGCUUGUCUCCAUACUCCCGGAUGCUCAGGUGGCUUCGCCGUCGCCGACCCAUUUCAUGUCUCAACCACGGCGCCGAUACAUUACGCAUUAUGUCCGGCCUGUCUCCAAAAUACGGCACCGUGGCGACGACUAUAGCGACUGGAAUGUGGUUGACUCGUUUUCUCGGAAAGGUGUCGUGUGCUACUUACUGAUUCAACUGUCAACUUACUACUGGAUGGACGACGACUUAGAUAAUCGUAGCAUAAACCAUGCCGCGAUGAAGUGCUCAAGCGGCUGUUGUUUGUACUUCUGAUACCAACCCAGAGUUAGACUCUUGUACUAUCUCCGGUGUAUUCAAUGUCACGGUCUGUUGUUGGGAUUCGCGACCUCAAUGUGACUGUCUGUCAACUGCCAGUGGCUAUUUGCUG